UAAGAGGAGCUGACCGGCUUUUGCAAACCCCGUGAGAGCUCUCUCCCAAGAGGUUGAAAAACGCCGCAUCUGGUUUUCCUGGAUUCAGGGGAGCAGAAGAUAGAGCAUAUCAUAUUGUGCUGCCCUCAUCCAACGCCCACAGAAUCAAUCGUGUGAAGUCAUACGCUGGAAGUCUGGGCAGCCUGGAGUGAACAAGCAGCUCCUUACAACAACUGACUGAUCAUUUGUUAAAGGUCUUUGCAGUUGUACAAUUUGCCAGUGUGUCAGCUAACCUGUUCUGUCAAGCACUGUGCAGUCCAUACUGUAAAGUGAAAGACUCAAAGUACAUUGCUCACAUACAUACAUGCGUGUAGGCUUGCAGCCUGGCCACCUCCUGGAAUCCCAUCCCUUUGCUACAGAAACCAGUGUCCUCUUUUCCUCCCAUCCCCGAGGAAGAAAGAGCCUUUCCAAACUUGAGUGGGGAUCCACUGGUUCUUUACCCAAAACUAUCCUGAAAUUGGAUCUUCCCCUUCACAUCCUUCAGCCUGAAAUCUUUGGCUUAGAAUGGAUCGCUAUAACCUCUGGCUCCAUCUUCUGAAGCCUAGGUUCCCUGAGCCCUGAGGGGACGGAUUUAAUCGAUUGGUUUAGGACUGGUGGGGAAUUGAGACCAAGAAUUGUUGAUUCCUGCCAUUUUGCUGUUUCUGGGUGAGACCAUCAAGGCCAUCAGAGGGCUGAUGCAUGUACGGUCACGUUAGUAUGGUGCAAGUGACCAUCCCAGACAGUUUCUUGAAUGUUACUGUUGGAUCUAAUGUCACUCUGCUCUGCCUCUAUACCACCACUGUGACAUCGCUGGAUAAGCUCACAAUCCAGUGGUCUUUCUUCCACAAUAAGGACAUGGAGCCAAUUUCUCAUGGCUCGCACCCCAAUACUGAGGGUAUGGAGGAAAAGGCAGUCAGUCAGUGUCUAAAUAUGGCGCAUGCAAGAGACGCACGGGGAAGAUGUAGCUGGACCUCUCAGAUUUACUACUAUGAAGGCGGACAAGCUUCAGCUAUUGGGCAAUUCAAGGAUCGAAUUAUAGGGUCAACUAAUCCAGAGAACGCAUCGAUCACCAUAUUGCAGAUGCAACCAGCGGACAGUGGAGUUUACAUCUGUGAUGUCAACAACCCUCCAGAUUUUGUCGGCAAAAACCAAGGCAUUCUUGCUGUCACUGUGUUAGUCAAACCUUCCAAGCCCUUUUGUACCAUCCAAGGAAGACCAGAAGCAGGCCACCCAAUCUCCUUGUCUUGCCAUUCUGCCUUUGGAACACCGUCCCCUGCAUAUUACUGGUAUAAGAUUGAGGGAAACACCAUUGUGCCAGUAAAAGAAAGCUUCGACUCGGCCACUGGAGUUUUGGUUAUCGGAAAUCUGACAAAUUUUAAGCAAGGUUAUUAUCAGUGCACUGCCAUCAACAGUCUCGGCAAUAGUUCCUGUGAAAUUGACUUAACCUCUUCACAUCCAGAAGUCGGGAUCAUCAUUGGGGCCUUGAUUGGCACCCUGAUAGGCGCUGCUGUCAUCAUCUGUGUGGUGUACUUUGCACGGAACAAAGUUAAGUCAAAGCAAAGGAAGAGGAACUUAAACCCGAGCACGGAACUUGAGCCAAUGACAAAGGCAAGCCAUUCCCAAGACAAUGAAGUCAUUCCAUCUGAAGAGAUCCAGCUAGAAGCAACUCAUCCAUCUUCCAUCCAUGGCGCCCAGUCCACUGAACCUCCUACUGCCAUCUCAGGGCCAGAAUACGAGCCUGACCCCCAGCUUGAAACCACCACACAGCCUGACCCUGAACCAGAGCCUAUUCCAGUGCCUGAGAUGGAGAUUCAGUUGGAACCAGAGCUGGAGCCAGAGACAGAGCCUGAGUCUGAGCCUGAGCCUGAGCCUCAGCCUCAGCCUGGAAUUAUAGUUGAGCCCCUGCGUGAGGAGGGGAAGGAUUCAGUUAAGGCAUAGGCGUAGAGAGGCGCUGCAUUAAGUAUGGCAGUUCUCACUUACGAACCCAUUCCUGGCCUUUAAUGUUUGGUGGACUUAACCAGUCCCCAGUUUGUCCUUCCAUCGUGGACAGCCCUCAUCUAACAACAUGCUCAUACUCACCAUUAAUUCAAAAUAAAUAAACCAAGGCAACUACUAAAGAAAUGCAAAGGUUUCUUUGUUUUUAGUAUAGAUUACUUAAAACUGUACUAAUACGUAAACAUAACAAAUGACAAGGCCAAGAUGAGUGGCUCAUUUCUAAUUUAGUUGGCAGUGUAUUCACAAACAUAUUUUCUGUAUUUAUAGUCACUGUUUCAUUUUAGGAUAAGCUUUCUUCCCAAAUGAUUUUUUAUAUUUACCACUAAGAAAACAAUUUGAUACCAUUGGCUCACAAAUUAGAAAAAAAAAAGCAUUUCCCCAAAAUAAGAGAGUUUGUGUCAAUUAGUACAUACAAUUUAAAACAAAGUCUUACAAUUUAUCAUAUUAAAUCAUUAAGUCAUCUCAGUGUCCAACACUUGAGCAUAGCAAUUUUUAUAACUUUUUUUCACUGCAAAAAGGUGUAUACUGUAUAGUCAAACAACUUAAACUCUUUCUUGGUGAACAUAAAGUGUUGGUCUUGUAGGCAGUUUAGAACAUACCUUUGAAAAAGCUAUUAUGUUAUCAUCACUCACUGUCUGCUGCUGUUUGGGCGGUAGGCUAGGAUGGUGUUCUCAGUAAACAUGUCUAUUUUAGAUCAUCUAAACUGACAGUUGAAAUCAUCUGUUUUACUGUUUCUAUAGUCCACGUUAAUAGAAACAUCACUUAAAAGCUUUUUCACUGACACCCCACUCUGAAGAAAUUUGCAAGUAGAUUUCCCUUUUUAACUUGUGUAAUCAAUCCUAUAUUAAAUAUUAUUUUAAGGCCCAGUAAUAAUGCUCAAUAAAAUCUCAUUUAGUGACU